AUGUCUCUUCGCGUCGUCUUUAUGGGCACUCCGGAAUUUUCCGUGCCGACCUUCAUGGAAAUCGUUGGACAGGGGCACGAUGUGGUCGCCUGCUAUUCACAGCCACCCAGGCCGGCCGGAAGAGGCAUGGAUCUGAAGAAGUCUCCCGUACAUGAGGCGGCUGAAUCAUUCGGUAUCCCUGUUUUUACCCCCAAGAGCCUGAAGGACACCGCCGAGCAAACCCGGUUUGUUGAUUUUGAAGCGGAUGUCGCGGUUGUUGUCGCUUACGGACUGUUGCUGCCGGGGCCUGUGCUCGACGCGCCACAAUUCGGUUGCCUGAACCUUCAUGCCUCGAUGCUGCCGCGCUGGCGAGGGGCCGCGCCGAUCAACCGGGCGAUCAUGGCGGGGGACAAGGAAACUGCCGUUCAGGUCAUGCGUAUGGAAGAAGGGCUCGACACCGGCCCGGUCUGCAUGUCGGAGACUGUUGCGAUCGACAAGAACAUGACCGCGGGGGAAUUGCAUGAUCGGCUUUCCGGUCUUGGAAGUGACUUGAUGGUCCGCGCGCUGGCAGCCCUGUCACGCGGUGCGCUGGGCGAGCAAUCCCAGGCUGAAGAAGGCGUCACCUAUGCGGCCAAGCUGUCCAAGCUGGAAACGCGUAUCGACUGGUCGAAAUCGGCUGAAGAGGUUCACAAUCACAUUCGCGGACUGUCACCCUUUCCAGGGGCCUGGUGCGAAAUGCCUCUGGGCAGCAAACCUGAAAGAGUCAAGGUCCUGCGAAGCUCGGUUGCCGAUACCGGCGGGAAACCGGGGACUGUCCUUUCGACAACUGAUGUUCCGGCUGUCGCAUGCGGGGCGGGUGCCGUGCGCCUGGAACAGGUUCAGCGGGCCGGCAAGAAACCGAUGAGCGGUGAGGAAUUCCUGCGGGGCGUAUCUCUUUCUGAUGGCACGCAACUGGAUUAA